ACUCACACUCUAAGUCUAUGUCGCUCGCUCACUCCCUCUCUCUCUAUUUUAUGGAAGCUCGUUUCCGCCACUGGAUAGGCAGCCACUAGAAAAAAAAAAAUCUACCCCAAAGCAAUUGUCGUUUUUCAAAAGUCCCUCCCACCUUCAAGAGACAUCAUCAAAUGGGGGCUUUCCACAUCUUUACAGGGGGGAAAUCUUGCACUAGAGACCACUGCAGCACCUCAUCCUUUAUCACUGAUGCUAAUGGAAGGUGAGACACCAGGAGCUCCAGACUCCACAGCAUUACACAUCAGUGUGGAGAGGACUGCUGAUACUCAAGAGCUGUUAUCCGCUCUCCAGUCUGAAUCCAAAAGUCCUUCUCCUUCUUCUGGUUCCCCCAGUUCUUCUCCUCUUCUCUCCGGCUCAGCCGUGUCAGCCUUGCAGACCAAAUUCAAGCAAAUAUCCCAGAGGAGAUGUAAGGAAAAAGAUAAGCAUGAGUACUUGUUUGAAGGUUCUUCAGAACACUGUGUGCAGAACAUAGAUGAGGACAAGUUGUCUCCAAGCCAAACCCCAUCAUCAGACCUGAGGAAGACCUCAAGUGGUAGUGACGAAGAUGGAUCUGAGCCUCACUUGACAGAAGUCUGUGACAAAGGGGAUAAAGAAAGCACCACAUUUGGCAUAGCAGGUCUCCCCCGUGGACUUGGAGAAGGUUCCAGCCUAGAAAAUAUUGCCACAGGUGGAGCUGAUACCUCCUUGUCUCCAAAGCCAACCUCCUCUCCAAGGCACUGGGCUCCUCCCAAAGGCUUCUGGAGAGUGGCCCGACCUGAGACCCUCCUUUUAAACGGAGAGGGAGCUUGUUCUCUCGUACCUUGUUCACCAAAGAACGUGCCACACACCCAGGAGGAGGAGCUCCAGAGGAAACGCAGGCUCAGGGUUGAAUGUGCGGCGGUGCGCAAGGAGCUGCAAAGGUCGGACAGUUUGGAGAGCACUUUCCACAGAUGCUUCCAGAAGGAGGCCGAUCCUACAGAUACUCUGGGUGAUCUCUGGAGGGCAGACAGUUGGGAGACCGUAUGCUCUCGAGGAGGGUCCAAGAUGGAGAGGGCUGGGACAGAUGAGAACCAUUCAGAGAAAUGCAAAACCAGGACCAUGGAGACCACCACAGGAAAGCGUGCAGAAGGACAACACCAGCCUCCAGACCUGAUUUACAGAGGUUUACCUCCAUCAUAUAAAGAGGCUGACUGGGACACAGCGAUCACCCAUGGCGCUGAGCUCACUGUUAGGUCUGUGCUCGCUCCUGGCGACCUGACCCUCAGCCCACGGCAUGAGCAAGCCAAGCGUUUGUUGGAGAGGGCCCGCUCGAAGGCCCGCUCGCAAAACCCUGAUGGUGACCACGCCACUCGACCGGCGGACCGAGAAGACUUGGAACUGUUAACUUUGCAUGAGUCACCACCGCCACACAGGACCAUCAUUGUAGCUACUCAGGAGCAGUUAGUUCCCCCACCUGUUCAGCUGCUGGAGGUCCGAGGCAGGAACAGCGAGCGUGGGAUACCCUUGCGGAGACACGGACAGUCACCGACUCGCGUACGCUUUGAAGAUGAGUCGGAGAAGGAAGCAGAGCGCCGGUACCUGGAUAGGGUGCGUGAGCGUGGCCCAGUGGUGGCAGAGAGAUCUCAGUCCAACCAGCAGCCAAAAGCAGAACCUAUUCUCACCAUCUCACAGGUGAGCAAAGGAUCUGGAACAAGCUGGGGUAGUGUAGGUAUCCCAGUAGCUAUUCUGACUGAUGAGGGAGAAGGUACUUCUCUGGAGACUGUGGUGCUCAAGGAAGACCUCCGAAAAUGUGAGGCUUGUGGGAGCAUCUUAGCACCUGUUCAUGCCAAAGAAUCUUCCUCUAAGUCUUUGUUAAGUUCCGCAGAGGGAAAGUCAACUCCUCGAUGGGUCACUCCUGGUCACUCGGGUCGCCAGAUUAUUCGCCCUGCUCUCUUAGGAGGAGUAAUGUUGACUGAGGGUUCCAACUUGGUAGAAAAUGUUGAGGUUGCAGCAGUGGGUGGAGCUGGCGAGAGGAUGUCAGCUUUUGGCAAGCUUCGAAGGAGGAGCCGGAAAGGGGAAAGCCGAGUCGAGACAAGCUACGGACCUUAUGCUCGCGGUCAGGAACUGUUGGCCCAGCGACGGAACUCAAGAACUCGUUCCAGUCUGGAAGAGAUAACUGGCUUUCAUUCCAAACACACUGAAACACAGACACGAGGGGUCACUUUUGCAAUUGACACCUUGCCCGGAGCAGAUAGCUCCCAAUCCACGACUACAACCUCCAGAAAUGCCAGGGACUCCCCUGGCCCUCAGUUGCCCAUCAAGUCAGCUUUGAAGUCAACAUCUAAGAUCAGGCCAACUGGGCAACGUGUUGUGAAGCUCCUGCCUUCAGUUCAGUAUCGUUUGAUCCAUCUGGAUAAGGAGAUGGAGGGGGGUUCCCACCACCAGGAUGUUGCACCUGAGGAGCAUCUCAGUGUGACUCUUGGCACAUCUUCACAGGCUUCGCAAGCCACCUCAGGACUGACCCCUUGUAUCAGGCCAUCUUCUCUCAGGUACUCUUCACCUGUGCUAACUCCUGAGCUCCAGGCUCUGGCGAUAUGGGACACUGUAGACCCAGUUGAUGCCCAUUUGUCAAGUGAUGAUGUCUGCAGGGAUUCCACCUGUGCUUCACCUCAUCCCCCAGAAUGUCGGCCAGCAGUCCGAGGUAUGGGCAUGUCAAAGGCUGAGGACCUCAGGGCAGAGCUUCUGAGAGCAGAGCACCGCAAAGCUGAGCUACAGUGGGACGAAAAUUUAGCUGGAUCACGAAGAGGUGCGGAGCGAGAAGGCAAGCCCAAACUUUCCCUUCGCCGUUUCUUCUCAGCAAUGGGCCUGAACAGCAUGGGGAAGCUGGUCAAAGGCAAUCGGUCCAGCAGCAUGGAGCAACUGUCCUCCCCUGCUCCCAAACACAGCUCAGCUUCUCCAAGCCCCACGCACAGAGGCCAGCCACCGCUGCAGAGAACCCCCUCUUUACAGUCCCUGCACACUGAGUCUCCUCUCGCUCAGCUGCGCAAGGUCUCUUCUGUCCAGAGCCUGCAGUCUCCAAAGAGGAAGUUUGAGCGCUCGACAAUUUUGGGGGAACUUCCCUUGCCUCUUAGUCUUGGGCCCAGAGAGCUUCAGGUCGAAGGAGGCAUGGAGCAGUUAGAAGGCUCUCGAAGUGUGGGUCCACUAGGGCGACUGGUCCAGGCGUUCCCUGAUGGAACUCUGCUCCUGGAGCUCAAAAGACCAGCCAAUGGACAUUUUGGCUUUGUCAUUUCAAGAGGCAAAGGUCGACCAGACUCAGGGAUUUAUGUGGAGCAAGUUGGAGGAAGUCCCACAGACAACGUCUACACAGGGCUUUUGGGUGUGGGGGAUGAAAUACUGGAGGUGAACGGAGAGAAGGUGACCGGCCUGAACCUCGAUCACGUGACUCGUCUGAUGACCCGUGAGAGCACAGCCACCAUCCGGAUCCUUCCGCACCGCUGGAUCCAGCACUGAACCUCUGAGAGGUUUCGAGAUGUGGUGUAAACACCGCUGAGGGCGCCGAGUGUGUCUGUGCUGUUAUAUGUUAUACCUCAGCCGUGACGUUCUUCCUUAACACCGAGAAACUGAAUGUGAAGGAUGUUAUGUAUCAUGUAUUGUUUACAAAAUGUUUAUCAAUAAAACUAAAACCAUUGAGUGUGAA